CAAAUGGGGAGGAAAUUUAAACGAUAUCCCGAAAUUCUUGCUGUUGUUUGGUGGUCUCCGUUUAACUGACGGCUUACUGGAUUACACAUCGGCGUUGGUGUGUUUAUAUGAUACACAUUUAAAAGUAGGACUUCCAUUAAGUCACAACUAAAAUGGAUCCUAAGAUGGCGCAGAGUGAAUCGGCUAAUUACUAUGAAUUCGAUGCACCAUCCCAUGUAAUUGAUUUCAAAGCAUUGGAUACUGAGGACAACGCAGACAUUUGGUUUGAUCAAUGUGCUGGCCUGGAUGAAGGACUGUUGGGCCAUCUUGCCACCCCAAACAGAAACAACAUAGCAUUUGGAGUGACACCCAAAGCACACUUGCCCCGGGCGAUUGUAUCUCCCAGGGUGAAGGAAGACUCCAACUCAGAGGCCCCAAGCACAUCCUCAGAUCCCCCUUCCAACAUUGUAACAUCCUGGGGAAGUGGGACUGCUCCGGUAACUGCCAAAUCUAAGAGGCAGGCACCCCCUGCCCAACCACGCAGGGUUUUAAAACGAAAAGAAGGAGAAGGACUCAACAUUGCCCCCCAAGCUGCACCACCUGUCAAGAAGCAGAGAAGCUACCAACCAGCUGUUGUAAAAAGCCUCCGUUCACAUCGAAGGCGUUCUUCGUCUGUACCUACCAGGCGUAGUGGUGCUGUCCACACCAGCAACCCUGUCCGUACAAGUAUGAGGCUGAAACCCAAAGCAGCCCCCCAGGCCCAGCCCGACACUGUAGCACCUAGCGCCGCACAGAAUAAGAGCUCAGAGAACCAGGAGAUGGAGCGCAUCAGGGCUCUUCAGAAGGAGGUGGCUGACCAGCGGAAGAAAAAUGAGGCCAGUUACAAGGCUGCUUUGGCAGGCAGUCAGCUCCCUAAGAAACUGGCCCUUUCCACCACCGUACCCAAAGAGUUCAACUUCAGCACAGAUGGCCGGGUCAAGGCUGGCGUGACGUCCAACCACAAGGAGGUAGACUUCACAGCUCAGCUUCGCAAACACCCGUCCUCUCCUUCCAAGGUGCCAAAAGGUACCACUGUACCCAAGCCCUUUAACUUGUCGACUGGCAGUAAGAAGAAGGUGGAGGACCUUGCCCCCUAUGUACCCAUGGCCCAGCAGAUUGAACAAUUUCAGAGACGGACACCGACUCGCUACCACCUCCGCAGUCGACAGAGUCAGGAGCGAGGCCCCUCGCCUGUGAAGGCAGAGCAGCUGAAGAUCACCCACCCUCACACCCCUCAGCUGAUGACUCGACAGAGGAGCCGUCCCGUAUCGGUCAAGAGCAGCGCUGAGCUGGAGGACGAGGAGAUCCAGAAACUCCAACAGUUUAAGUUCAAAGCCCUUGAGCUCAACCGGAAGAUCUUGGAAGGGGCCUUAAACCCCAAGAAGCCUGCGGUGAAGGAGCCCACACGUCCCGAGGGCUUCCACCUGCACAUGGACAAAAGGCUGGCGGAGCGACAGGCUAGCAGGAAGCCCGAGGAGCCUGAGGAGCCGCACUCCUUCCACCCCCGGCCCCUGCCUGUCAGGAUCCUGGAGGAGGUGGUGGGAGUCCCAGAGAAGAAGGUGCUCUGUCCCACAGUACCAGAGUCCCCUGCAUGGGCCUUGAAGAAAAGGGUGCGCGUGGAACGAAAAGUAGAGGAGGUGAAGCCCCCCGCCCCUCUCAAGGCCAUCGCUGUGCCCCACUUUGGACUACCCUUCCAGCCUAAGCUCCAGGACAAGACCCAGGUCGAGGUGUGCCCCUUCUCCUUUGAAGACAGGGAGCGUGAGAGGAGGAUUCUGAAAGAGAAGAGACUGGAGGAGCUGAGGCAUGAAGAGGUGCCAAAGUUCAAGGCCCAGCCACUGCCAGACUUCCAUGAGGUGGUACUGCCAGAGAAGAAGGUGGCCGAGCCAACCAAACCAGCGCCCUUCAAGCUGCUCCUUGACGAACGGGGAGCAGUGAAGAACGACCGAUGGGAGCAGAUGGUAAAGGAGGAGCAGAAGCACCAGGCAGAGGCAGCCACAUUCAAAGCUGGACCAAACACAGUCAUUCACAAAGAGCCAUUCGUCCCCAAGAAAGAGAACCGCUCCGUCCUUGAAGACAUUAAUAAUUCCACAGUUCCAGAGGGCUUCCAGCUAUCCACAGAGCGUCGUGCUAAGGAGCGUCUCGAGUUCGAGAGGGCAGUCAGUGAAAAGGAGGCGCUGAGGGCUAAAAUGGAGGAGGAGCUUCACAGGGAGCAGGAGGCACGUGAGAAGGAGGAAAUGUUCAGGCUACGCCAAGAGCAGGUCCACAAAGCCCAGCCCAUCAGACAUUACAAACAGCUGGAGCUAAAGAAGAGUGAUGUCACACUCACUGUACCCCAAUCUCCCAACUUUUCUGACCGGUUUCGCAUGUGAUUGCUGAGGCAUAAUGUUAUUGUGUGUGUGUGUAUAUAUAUAACCAUUCCAUUUAAAGUUAUGCUGUCCUGUUUCUGUAGUUCCUCUUAGUACAUAAGAUUUUUCUCAUUUUAAUUUCUUUUUGAAGAACCUGUCAUUCCUGCCAACUGAACAUGGCCUGUACAUUUCUUGCUUGUUCUGUCUUGGUUUCUUUGAUUAUGUAUAAUAAAAGCCUACAUUUUAGAACAUUUUAAAGUCUUAACAUUUUCACACAUCAGAAUCCGAUGUAUACCAUGUCAUUGUGUAUUUCAUGCUGAAAUAAAUGUUUGCACAAGCUUUCUGCCAAUAAACAUUAACUACACAAUU